CUCAAUCUUCUCCAUCUCACCUCAUCAACUUCAUAACUUUCCUCCUUCUACUUUUACAUAAAAUCAUAUUCCAACACAGAUACACAGAUAUUCACAAUUCAUACAAUAUCAAUUAUCCCUUCGUUUUCCAACCAUCAACUCUCCUUCUAUAGGAUUCAAUAAUUUCAAAACCCCUCACGAUGCAGCUCAAGCGAAAGCGUUCCGAGUCCGAGCUCUCUAGCUCCUCUAGUCCCUUUGGCUCGCCUUCGCGACCAGAGCAGCUCGCUAUGAUGGAUAUGGACAGUAUGGCCAACGUAUCGCCUAUUCGUCGUACUUCGCGGAGCUCAACACCUGCUCACUUACACAGCCGCACCUUGAAACGCUUUCGCAAUAGCCGUCCUUCGGACGAGGAAAUCCACGAACGUACCUUGAAUAUGUUAUAUACCGCCCAGAAACAGCACAUCGUCUACCAGCAAAACUCUCCGUUCGCCGGUCUUCCUACACAGCCUCAACCUCAGCCUGCACAGGUACCGUCGCAAGGGGCCCAGGCGUCACUCCACAGCUUCUGGAAACUCCCCAAUGCAGCAUCUGCCUCAAACACCUCGGUUCCACCUCCCGUCGACCACCUAGUAUAUGACGGCCCUGCCAAUUGCGAGGAUUGCGGUCAGACAUUACACGAAGGUGCGGGCGAAGACUCGAUGGACGUAGACGGCUUCUGUUCGGAGGUCAACACAAGCUGCGGAGGGUGCGGGAAACACGUGUGCUCACACUGCUCUAUCACCAACCUAGGUGAGCAGCGAAAGUGCUUGAUAUGUGCCGGAAGGAAGGUCUGGGUUGGCGGUCUCGGAUGGGCUGGUGUCUCAGGUAUCAAGGCCUGUUAAAAGGUAGAUUCAUUCAGACCAGUAUAUGGGAUUUGGAUUACGCGCUUUAGCUGCAGGUUAUCCUGAAUAAGGGCCUUCAAGGCGGCGCUGGGCAUUUAAGGUGGAUAAGCGUUGGAGUUCAAGGCGAAUACGCCAUCGCCAGGAUACGUGUUUGAGUACGGGGUUUGGGCACACUCUAGUACAAGCAUCUUACAGCAGGCAACGUUAUUAUACGGCACUUGUAGCCCUUGUUACCUGAUACUUAGUAUUCUUCAGGGGUUAAUACUAAAAGUUCCUAAAGAGGUUCUUGUGAUAAUUCGAACUUCGUAUUGCUCAGAUUUUGCUCGCUAUAGG